AUGAUGGUCUGGUCUAUGCUCCCGACACCUUCUUCGGCCAUUUCCUUUGCCCUCAAGCGCACCACGAGCUUCACCUCCACGCCUAGCACAACGCCGCCAGCCUAUGAUGAAGCUGGAGGUGAACAAAGUCAAGAAGCGCUCCAUGACGCUGUGACGCAGCGACUUGCAGUAGAGCGCAUCAAAGCAGCCUCACCGGAAACUCGAAUUUGCACAUCCCAAGCUUUGUUGUGUCUACAAUCCAGCACAGAGUUGCAUGCGUCAGCGGUGACUGAGCAGCAACUUGGGUUCUCGAGGGAGCUAUACAUGCAAGCGCUAGAGGCUCUUGCCCGCGGCCUCCCAAACGGACUGUCAAGUACUGAACAAGCACGCUUGCUCGCCGUUUUCCAGACACUGCAGCAGCAACACCCAGAGCUGGCUCUCCAGGUGAUGCAGCAACAGACGUGCAAGUCUACCAACAAAGGAGUGCAAGGGCAGACUAUGGAGCCGUCGACGGCAGUGCAAGAAGUGCUGGUUGUGCUCUGCAGGACUGGCGCAACGGCCAUCAAGUACACCGUGCCGAAGAUCAAAGUCGGUCUCGAGCAAGCGGUUGCCUACGAACGCAAGUAUCACGUCUUGGAAAAGGGCGGCGUCGUGCUCUCUGCGUCGGCCUUUCGCUUUGCAGAUACAAUUGCCCGGUGUCAGCUCGGCCACGUCUUGUCGGGUCUUGCAACGGCUUUGAGUAUGGGUGCGCUGGAAGCCUACAAGGUCCUCUCUGAGACUGAGGAAGGUACUCAGGAGCCUCCACAAGCUUAG